AUGAAUGGGUCAGCCGCCUCCUUGAAUAGCGUAGGGGAGGCCUGCACCAACAUGAAGCGCGAGUUCAACCAGUGCUUCAGUCGCUGGUUUGCUGAGAAGUUCCUUAAGGGGGACAGCUCCAGAGACCCGUGCACUGGCUACUUCAAGUGCUAUCAGCAGUGUAUUCAGAAAGCAAUAAAGGAGGAGGAGUUUCCCAUUGAAGGACUGGAAUUCAGGGGCCAUGCCAAAGAAAAGCCCACAAGCUCUUCUUGA